UCCACCUGCCGUCGGCAAAGAGGACCCACCUGCCACAGCACAGAAUAGCUGCCAGCAAAAGAGGGAGAUAUCAGAACAAUAAAACAUUGGCGAAUGCAUGGCACUGUUGAUGAAGAAAACGAACGAGAAAUCCUAAAAGCAAAGAACUUCUGGAGACAAGUAUUGGAUCGCCUUAUUAAUGUAACUUUAACAAUGUCAAUGUGUAAUCUACCUUUUAGAGGGCAUAGGGAAGUUUUAGGAGAUGUGAAUAGCGGAUUUUUUUUGUCAAUUGUUGAACUCCUUGCAAAGUAUGACCCUGUUUUGAAGCAGUUAAUUAGUAUGCUUAAAGGCUCUGUUUGGUAUUUAAGUCACAAGAUUCAAAAUUAAAUUAUCGAACUGCUGUCCAAAAAAACAGAGAAUGAAAUUGUUGAAAUCAAAGCAGCACCUUUUUUCUCAAUAAUUACGGAUACAACACAAGAUGCUUCAAAAACUGACCAACUAAGUCAAGUAUUUCGCUAUGUGACCUUAGAAAGCAAUGAGUGUCACCAGGUAACUCGCAUUAAAAUCAAGGAGUCUUUUUUAGGGGUUCAUGCUAUAUCUGAUCAAACAGCUGCUGGCCUUGAGAACGAAAUAGUGAACUGUAUUGACGGAAAAGGUCUAGAAUUAGCAAAGUGCUGUGAGCAAGGGUAUGAUGUAGAGAUGUGCACCGGACAUUUUUCGGGUUUUGUGUUUUGGUUUUGGAUUCGGUUCCACGGCCGUGUUUUGGAUUCGGACGCGUUUUGGCAAAACCUCCCUGAAAUUUUUUUGUCGGAUUCGGGUGUGUUUUGGAUUCGGGUGUUUUUUUUCAAAAACCCCUCAAAUAUAGCUUAAAUCAUAGAAUUUGGGGGUCAUUUUGAUCCUAUAGUAUUAUUACCCUCAAUAGCAACAAUUUCCACUCAUUUCCAGUCAAUCCUGAACACCUCACACCUCACAAUACUAUUUUUAGUCCUAAAAUUUGCACCAAGGUCGCUGGAUGACUAAGCAAAGUGACCCAAGAGGGCGGCACAAACACCUGGCCCAUCUAGGAGUGGCACUGCAGUGUCAGACAGGAUAGCACUUCAAAAAAUUGGUCCCAAACAGCACAUGAUGCAAAGAAAAGAGAAAAAGAGGUGCUCUGUGGUCGCUGGACGGCUAAGCUAAGCGACACAAACACCUCAAUAUCACAGGAAUUAUUUGUUCUAAUCAAUGGUAUUAUUGGUCCAAAUCACUGGAAGAAAAUGACAAAAUCACUGGAAUUAUUCGUUCUAAUCAAUGGUAAUAUUGGUCCAAAUCACUGGAAGAAAAUGACAAAUUCACUGGAAUUAUUCAUUCUAAUCAAGGGUAUUAUUGGUCCAAAUCACUGGAAGAAAAUGACAAAAUCACUGGAAUUAAAUGGCACUAAUGUUGGGAAUUAUAUGAAAUGGCAGUACCACUGGACAUAUACUGAAGUGUCAGACAGGAUGGCACUUAAAAAAAUUGGCCCCAAACAGCACAUGAUGCAAAGAAAAGAGAAAAAGAGGUGCACUGUGGUCGCUGGACGGCUAAGCUAAGUGACACAAUCACCUCAAUAUCACAGGACUUAUUCGUUCUAAUCAAUGGUGUUAUUGGUCCAAAUUACUGGAAGAAAAUGACAAAAUCACUGGAAUUAUUCGUUCUAAUCAAUGGUAAUAUUGGUCCAAAUCACUGGAAGAAAAUUACAAAAUCACUGGAAUUAUUCGUUCCAAUCAAUGGUAUUAUUGGUCCAAAUCACUGGAAGAAAAUGACAAAAUCACUGGAAUUAUUCAUUCUAACUUCUAAUCAAUGGUAUUAUUGGUCCAAAUCACUGGAAGAAAAUGACAAAUCACUGGAAUUAUUCGUUCUAAUCACUGGUAUUAUUGGUCCAAAUCACUGGAAGAAAAUGACAAAAUCACUGGAAUUAUUCGUUCUAACUUCUAAUCACUGGUAUUAUUGGUCCAAAUCGCUGGAAGAAAAUGACAAAAUCACUGGAAUUAUUCGUUCUAAUCACUGGUAUUAUUGGUCCAAAUCACUGGAAGAAAAUGACAAAAUCACUGGAAUUAUUUGUUCUAAUCAAUGAUAUUAUUGGUCCAAACCACUGGAAGAAAAUGGAAUGGAUGGAUACUUGCAGUGUCACAGAGCUGCAAGAUACAGCAAUGGCCUACUGUAUAACUGUAUACUGUUAGUCACCAAAAUGCUGCACUGUAAUACUAGAAGCUUUAGAAAAGUAUAUAUAAUAUUGUAUAUAUCAGUACAGACAGAGUGGUGCAACUGUGACACAUGUGUCCUGACAAGCAGUAUAGAAGCUAUAGAAAAGUAUAUAUAUUACUGUAUAUAUCACUACAGAGCAGUGUAACUGUGACCAUGUGUCCUGACAAGCAGUGUAGAAGCUAUAGAAAAUGAUUUAAAAUUAUUGUAUAUAUCAGUACAGGGCAGUGUAACUGUGACACAUGUGUGUCCUGAUAAGCAGUAUAGAAGCUAUAGAAAAUUAUUUAAAAUUAUUGUAUAUAUCAGUACAGAGCGGUGUAACUAUGACAUGUGUGUCCUGACAAGCAGUAUAGAAGCUAUUGAAAAUGAUUUAAAAUUAUUGUAUAUAUCAGUACAGAGCGGUGUAACUGUGACACAUGUGUAUCCUGACAAACAGUAUAGAAGCUUUAGAAAAUUAUUUAAAAUUAUUGUAUAUAUCAGUACAGAGCGGUGUAACUGUGUCACAUGUGUGUCCUGACAAGCAGUAUAGAAGCUAUAGAAAAGUAUAUAUAUUACUGUAUAUCAGUAGUAGUACAGAGCGGUGUAACUGUGACACGUGUGUACUGACAAGCAGUAUAGAAGCUAUAGAAAAGUAUAUAUAUUACUGUAUAUAUCAGUACAGAGCGGUGUAACUGUGACACAUGUGUGUCCUGACAAGCAGUAUAGAAGCUAUAGAAAAGUAUAUAUAUUACUGUAUAUCAGUAGUAGUACAGGGCGGUGUAACUGUGACACGUGUGUACUGACAAGCAGUAUAGAAGCUAUAGAAAAGUAUAUAUAUUACUGUAUAUAUCAGUACAGAGCAGUGUAACUGUGACCAUGCGUUCUGACAAGCAGUAUAGAAACUAUAGAAAAUGAUUUAAAAUGAUUGUAUAUAUUAGUACAGAGCGGUGUAACUGUGACACAUGUGUGUCCUGACAAGCAGUAUAGAAGCUAUAGAAAAGUAUAUAUAUUAUUGUAUAUAUAUAUCAGUACAGAGCAGUGUAACUGUGACACAUGUGUCCUGACAAGCAGUAUAGAGGUUAUAGAAAAGUAUAUAUAUUACUGUAUAUAUCAGUACUGAGCAGUGUAACUGUGACCAUGUGUCCUGACAAACAGUAGAGAAACUAUAGAAAAUGAUUUAAAAUGAUUGUAUAUAUUAGUACAGAGCGGUGUAACUGUGACACAUGUGUGUCCUGACAAGCAGUAUAGAAGCUAUAGAAAAGUAUAUAUAUUAUUAUUGUAUAUAUCAGUACAGAGCGGUGUAACUGUGACACGUGUGUCCUGACAAGCAGUAUAGAAGCUAUAGAAAAUGAUUUAAAAUUAUUGUAUAUAUCAGUACAGAGUGGUGUAACUGUGACACAUGUGUGUCCUGACAAGCAGUAUAGAAGCUAUAGAAAAUGAUUUAAAAUUAUUGUAUAUAUCAGUACAGAGCGGUGUAACUGUGACACAUUUGUGUCCUGACAAGCAGUAUAGAAGCUAUAGAAAAUGAUUUAAAAUUAUUGUAUAUAUCAGUACAGAACAGUGUAACUGUGACACAUGUGUGUCCUGACAAGCAGUAUGGAAGCUAUAGAAAAUUAUUUAAAAUUAUUGUAUAUAUCAGUACAGAGUGGUGUAACUGUGACACAUGUGUGUCCUGACAAGCAGUAUAGAAGCUAUAGAAAAGUAUAUAUAUUACUGUAUAUCAGUAGUAGUAUAGAGCGGUGUAACUGUGACACAUGUGUGUCCUGACAAGCAGUAUAGAAGCUAUAGAAAAGUAUAUAUAUUACUGUAUAUUUCAGUACAGAGCAGUGUAACUGUGACACGUGUCCUGACAAGCAGUAUAGAAGCUAUAGAAAAGUAUAUAUAUUAUUGUAUAUCAGUACAGAGCGAUGUAACUGUGACCAUGUGUCCUGACAAGCAGUAUAGAAGCUAUAGAAAAGUACAUAUAUUAUAUACUGGUGGUCUCCAGUCCCCACAAUGCAGCACACUGAUCAGAUAUUUGCAGCACACUGAGCAUAGAUAUGGAGCGUUUUCAGGCAGAGAACGUAAAUAUUUUCAGCACACUGAGCACAGAUUAUUUGCAGCACACUGAGCACAGAUAUUUGCAGCACACUGAGCACAGAUUACGGAGCUUUUCAGGGACAGAAUGCUGCCACGUCCUCUCCGUUCAAUCUCCAAAGAACGAGUGAAAACGGCGGCGACGCGCAGCUCCUUAUGUAGAAUAUGAAUCUUGCGAGAAUCCGACAGCGGAAUGAUGACGUUCGGGCGCGUUCUGGUUAACCAAGCAAGGCAAGAAGAUCUGAGGCUGCCUCGGAACCAUGUAAAAUGGGUGAAGUUUGGGGGGGUUCAGAUCCCGAGGAACCGAACCCGCUCAACUUUAGUAUGAUGGGGCAGCAAAUAUGAGUGGCAUUUAUGCAGGAGUGCAGGCAAGAAUAGCUCAGCGAGAACCUAGUGCAGAAUAUGUACAUUGUGCUGACCACAAUUUAAAUCUUGCACUAAAUGAAUGUGUUCAGGGUAUACCUGAAAUAAAACAGUUCCAUAAUGUGCUUGAAAGAGUGUACACUUUCUUUGGGCAUAGUGUCAAAUGAUAGGCCAUGUUGUCAGAGUUGGUAUCUCUUGCUGCCACUGAGAUUGGCAGCAACGUUACUUUAAAAAGAUUAUGUCCAACACAUUGGUCAUCAAGGAAUGAUUAUCUUACUGCUUUGAGAUUCCGGUAUAAGGACAUAAUGAAGGCACUUACAAGAAUAAUUCUUCUCAGCAAGAAUAAAGAUGAAUGAAAUGAAGCUGCUGCUUUGAACAAAAUGCUAGGAUGUUAUAAGUUUGUAGUACAGUUAGUACUUCAAAAAAAGAUUGUUGAAAUGGUCAAUUCUGUCUCUAAAUGCCUGCAGUCCAAACAAACACACUUAGAAAAUGCUGCAAAAUUAAUCUGUAAUGCAAUAGAGUCACUGACUUUGUUUAGAAACCAUUUUGAAGAAGCUAAAAUUACUGCUAUAAACAUGUCUGAAAAGUGGAACGUGGAGGCCAAGUUUGCAUCCAAAAGGAGAAUAAGAGUAAAAAAACAAUUUGAUGAGUUGUGUGAGGAUGAGAGGCUAAAUGAUGCGGAAAGUUCCUUUAAAGUAAAUAUUUUCUGUGGUUGUCUGGAUAUUAUUGUGGCACAACUGUCUAAUCGUUUCAGGAGUCUCGAUGCCACAGUCAAAAAGUUUAAAGCAAUUCUACCAAGCACACUUAUGACAGCAACAGAUGACGAGCUCUAUGUAGAUGCUGAACAGCUAAUUCAACAUUUCAGUAAAGACUUUACUGGGUCUUUCUCAGGGCAAUUGCUCAAGUUCAGAUCAUGUUUAAAACCAAGCAUUUCAAAGUUAUCUACUGUGGAAGAUAUGGCAAAACUACUAAUUGUUGACGAUAGUGUGUUGUCUUCAAGUUUUACAGAAGUAUGUACAGCUAUUAUUUUGUUUCUGUUCAUCACAGUAACAGUAGCAACUGCUGAACGUUCAUUCUCCAAACUUAAAAUCAUUAAAAAUUACCUAUGCAGCACAAUGGCACAAGAGAGACUUCAAGGAUUAGCAAUAUUAUCCAUCGAAAAUGAAAGGGCAAAGAAUCUUAAAUUAGAUAAGGUUAUUGAUGAAUUUGCUGAGCGAAAAGCAAGGAAGAUGAACUUCCAGUCAUAGUAUUAAUUAUAUG